AUGUCGAAGAAGAUCUCAUAUUUUAUCCACGAUGAAUACGCCGGCCUCAGCGCAUUCAUCAAUAGACCCGACCAGGAGUCUGAUCGCGCUGCCCGAAUGUUAGCCGUGGGCAUUUUGGUCCCAUUGGAACGUGGUCGCAUAGGUCGGAGCUGGCGUCAUGCUGAGAUCCUGAAGGAGCUCGCAAGGGCACAGAUCGACAAUGUAACAAACACAGCCGCACUUGAAGAGUACUGGGACAAAUACAGGCUGAAGCCCGAGGAGCGCUCUUCUCAAACACCUCGGGAUCCUGAAGGAGAUGACCCAUCGCAGCGACCGAAUGGAUACACUAAUUCUAGGAGCAUGUCUACCGGAACGACCUACAUCUCCACACACCAUUCUUUGACUCCCCAUCAUCCGGCCCUAACUCUGAUGGACUCGUUAAAGCUCUUCGGUCCUCUCAUGUUCCCACUGUACCGGGCGGCGCUACUGCGCAAGCGCAUUCUGAUUGUGACGGACGCGCCAGUCGAAUUCGCCUGCAACCUUGUUUAUAACCUUUCCAUCUUGUCAUCCAUUUCCAAACCGGUGCUAUCGGCCUUGCCAGAGGCCGAUAUUCUCAUCAGCAGGCUCCGUCCCUUGUUCACGAUUGGAGUUAUGGAUAUUGCGAAAUUGGAGCAGGAGAAGGCCGCAGGGCCAAAUGGAAGCUUUAUCGCCUGCACGACGGACGAUGUAUUGGCUUCAAAACCUGACCUCUACGAUGUCCUUGUGCUCCUGCCCAAAUCAGAGGCACACCAAGCUGCGACGAAAGCAUUUCCUCGCAUCGUUCUUUCGAGCCCAGAGUUGACCAAGGCUUUUCCAAAGGCUGGCAUCAGAGCUACCCAGCGGGAUGCUCAUCGGCUCUCGCAUCUGCUGACGACCCUACGCUUCUUGGAGCACAAUGACGUCACGGCGACUGACAGCGAUGUCUCCUCGGUCUUAUCGGCUUCGUCCUCAUAUUCGCUGAACAAGGAGGUGAUAGAACCGUCAUCCUGGUCUCGGGUCGCUUAUAAUUCGAUGAUUUGGUGGGCGUCCGCGGGGGACAGGCGCACUGGUUUUGCCGAAGGCGAGGAGAGUGAAAGCGAACGAGACCAAGCGCUCUUGCACAGCCCAGAGGAAGAAAAUAAAACUCGGGAGGUUGCAGUGGUGGGGUUCUUUCAGCGCAUGACGGCCACCAUCUUCAACACACUGGCUUCCGCAAUUGCAAGAGUGGACGGUAACGAACAAGACUCGGAGCGUUACCGGGAUGAGGAAGAGGAGGAGGGCAGUACGAGCCCGGUGGCGGAUACUACGCAGGAGGAAAACCAAGCACUCCUGGCUGACCAGAGUGUGAAGGCCGAGGUCGAGAUCAAUCACGAAGAUAUGAUUGAGAUGUGCCUGGAUAGCUGGAGUGCAUCUGACAAGAAGUUCGUGGAAGAACUGGUGCAGCUCUGGUGGCUGCGGAAGGCAGUUGUGCGGCCAGCAUCAAUUGAAUGCUGCGGGCUGCGGAUACUCUGA